AUGGCUCAUUGUUUCCUCCCUUUUGUUAUCCGAUUCUGUUACAUACUGGGUACUACUACUACUAUCAUCCAUGCAUGCAACCAGACUGAACGAGCUUCUCUCUUGUCCUUCGCCCUCGCUCUUUCUUCUCCCACUUUCUUAAAAUGGACUUCCGAUGACUGUUGCCGCUGGCAAGGCAUCAACUGCGAUGAGGCUGGUUGGGUCACUCAUCUCUCACUGCCCUCCAAAGGGCUCACAUUCAAACAAGGUACUAGUUUUCCUUCAUCAAAACUAGCACUUGGAAAUCUCACACAUCUCACCCACUUGAAUCUCUCCCACAAUUCCCUAGAUCAAACUGUUGCUUCCUUCUUGUCAUUGAGUCAUCUUGAGGCCCUUGAUUUGAGCUCUAACCUUCUUUCUGGGGAGCUCCCACUUUCUCUACCAUCCAGUAUCCAAAUCCUGGAUUUGUCCAACAAUCGGUUCAGUGGUUCAAUUCCAUCGACAUUCUUCCGGCAAGCUAAGAAUUUGACAAGUUUUCGGGUCAGCAAUAAUAUAUUCUCAGGAUCUAUCCCGUCCUCGCUUUGUCUUCAUCACUCUUCUCCAUUGAUUAGUGCAUUGGAUUUUUCCUUUAAUGAUUUCAAUGGCAGUUUGUCCAGUGGACUAGGAGAGUGUUCUAAACUGAAAGCUUUUCGUGCCGGACACAAUAACCUCUCGGGGGUUCUUCCAGAAGAUAUCUACAACGCUGCCAAACUUGAAGAACUAGCAAUGCCUUUCAAUUCACUUGAUGGAGUCAUUGGGGAUAGAAUUGUGAAUCUAGCCAACCUUGAAAUUCUUGACCUCCAAGUCAACCAAUUGAGAGGUGUGCUUCCUUUCAAUUUUGGUAAUCUCUCCGAGAUGAAACACUUGCUCCUUCAUUGGAACAAUUUUGAAGGUUCUCUACCCCAAUCUUUGAUGAAUUGCACAAAUCUUAAAGAACUGAAUCUAUUAGGCAAUCAGUUCCAAGGAGAUAUCUCAAUGCUUAAUUUUUCUAAACUUAGUCAGCUUACUAGACUUGACCUCCUUUCCAAUAACUUCAAUGGUAUUUUGCCAAUGAGUCUUUAUUCAUGCAAGUCCCUCAAAGCAAUUCGUCUUAGUUUAAACGAUAUAGAGGGACAAAUACAACCUGAGAUUUUAUUAUUGAAAUCUCUGUCUUUUCUCUCACUUGCUUACAAUAGAAUGAGCAAUAUCACCAAGGCAAUGAACAUAUUGAGGCAUUCCAAAAGUCUUGAAUUUUUAUCCUUUGGAUUCAGUUAUGAAGCAGACGAGGAAAGUCCAGCUGAUUUCGGCAUAGCUGAUUUUGAUGGGUUUGAAAGUCUUAGAUUUUUGAACUUGGGUGGUUGUAACAUCGCCGGUGAGAUCCCUGCAUGGUUAACGAAGCUCAAGAAUCUUGAAGUCUUAACUUUAUUAAGUAACAAACUCACAGGGCCUAUGCCUAGUGAACUCGGGAAUCUCCCAAGGCUGUUUUAUCUGAAUUUCGGUUCAAACAGAAUUGUAGGUGAAAUUCCAAAGCAACUUCUGAGACUACCUACAUUGGUAUCUAAAUCCAAUGGGAGUGAAGAUCAUGACGAUGCUUGUCUUGAACUGCCUGUAAUGAGAUUUUCGACUUCGAAUGAAUACUCAGAUACCCAAAUUGUGACAAAAAGGGGUACAGGACGUAUUGGUGGAAUAGGUCAGCAAUUCAAUUCCUUGUCCUUCUUUCCACGAGCGAUAUUCUUAGGGCAUAACAGCUUCAGCGGGACUAUACCUAUUGAAAUCGGCCAUUUGGAUCGUCUCCAAACCUUGGAGCUUAACCACAACAACUUCUCCGGCAACAUUCCCCCCGAAAUAUCUAACCUCAAAGACUUGAGUGUUUUGCUACUCAAUGAGAAUCAUUUGUCUGGACAAAUCCCAUCAUCAUUGAAUAGUCUCAGUUUUCUUUCAGAUCUCAAUGUCUCCUACAACAACCUGGAAGGGCAAAUACCAAAAGGCACUCAAAUCCAAGGCUUUGAUGUCUCUGUGUUUGAAGGGAACCCGAAACUUUGUGGUCUUCCACUUCCAAAUGAGUGCCAAGCAGUCAAGGGAAUUGAUGACCUAGACGUGGACGAGGAAGAGGAGGAGGAGGAGGAGCAUCAAACUGCAUGGCCUUAUGUUCAUGUAGGGAUUGGCUUCAUAAUAGGAUUCUGGGGAGUCUGUGGUUCAUUGAUUUUCAACAAGAGAUGGAGAUAUGCAUACUUCCGAUUCAUAGAAAAGGUACAAACUAUGUUCUACGUAAUGAUCGCUGUGCGUGUCAACAAGAUGAAGAGAAGGAUCAAUUCCAGCUAG